AGACAAGAGCAAAGACCUUUCAAAAUGAGCACAGCUUUCGCGCAGAAAAAUUGGUACAGGAUUGGGGAAGGGGGGAAGUGACAGGAAAGCGAUCACCGAUGGCUCAGCGUUGGGGACUGGAAUUGGGACUUGGAGAUCAAAGACCCUGUUCUAUUGAAUUCCCUUUCGCAUACAUGAACUGCUAACCAUGUCUUUCAAUUAGUUCACCUGAAAUCACAAAGGACAUGGGUAACUCUUAUGCAGGGCAGCUGAAAUCUGCACGGUUUGAGGAAGCUCUUCACAAUUCCAUAGAAGCUUCCCUAAGAUGUAGCAGUGUGGUGCCGCGUCCGGUGUUCUCCCAGCUCUAUCUAAAUGCAGAAAACUCCGCUUUCUCUGCAGAUGGUGUUGAUGUUAAACCAAAAGUUGAAGAACUUGAGAAGGAUUUUGCUCAGAGAUACUCCCAAAAUGGCAACAUGGACUUCUCGAACAGUCAGUCCGUGUGUGAAAUGGAUGAUGACGACGAAGAGGAAGACGACUUGUCCGAUUCAAACAGUCCUCCUUUGCCGUAUGCACAGAAGCCAGCCCCAGAAGGAUCGUGUAGUGUAGAUGGAUUCUGCCAAGCAGGGAAGGAUUUACGGUUAGCUUCACUCAGUAAAGAGCAAAUAGAAGUUCCUCCAGGCUUUCUUUUGGUUGGUGUGAAGACUCAGAGUCUCCCAGAACAAAUUCUUGUCUGUGCAGUUGAUAAAAGGUUUCUCCCUGAUGACGAUGGGAAAAAUGCACUUUUGGGUUUCUGUGGAAAUUGCAUUGGCUGCGGAGAGCGAGGUUUUAGAUAUUUUACAGAGUUUUCCAAUCACAUUAACCUGAAGCUUACAACUCAGCCAAAGAAGCAAAAGCACUUAAGGUAUUAUCUCGUGAGAAACUCCCAAGGAGCACUCUGCAAAGGGCCACUUAUCUGCUGGAAAGAGCCUCGAAGUCGGCCAUUCCCUACUGUGGUUGCAAAGCCAAUCGCUUCCGUCUCCCUAACCUCUAAGAAUGGAAACGCUAAUGGGCACAAAUCUGGAUUCACACAUUCGGAGAUACAAUCUUAUGCCUCAGCCAAAGCACCUACUACUCUUAAUUCAACUACUCCUCAGGAUUUGUCCCGACAUAAAGGCAUCGUGAAGCCAUUACCACUACCUGUCCAUGCUGUAGGAAAGACUUUUCCUGCAGCAUCUAUUUCAGUCCAAGCACCAGAGAUCACCAAUGGUACCAUGAAUGGAACAAGAGUCACAGUACUAAAUUCAGCACCAUCACAUCCACUGGCUCACUCAACAUCCCCAAGUCCUGGAUGCGUUGCUGGUGAUAGUGCAAUGAUAACUUUUUCUGGACCACCAAAGAAAAGACACAGAGGAUGGCCACCAAGCUCCCCAGUUCAAGCACCAGUGUUGUCUUUUCCUUCACCUCCUGUGCGGCAAAUCACAAGACCAGCCUCUCUGGCCCAGCCUGUUUUGGGUGGAGUUUUUCAGCCGCAUCCGAUUCCAGCUGGAGAAACUGUAAUUGUGCCUGAAAAUCUACUGAAUAACUCAGGUGUGCGGCCUGUGAUAUUGAUAGGCUAUGGCACAUUGCCAUACUUCUAUGGAAAUGUUGGAGAUAUUGUCGUAAGUCCAUUGUUGAUGAAUUGCUACAAGUUACAGGAAUCUGAGAAAAAGGAGCUGGAUCAGAUGGGAGUGUCCAGCAGUCAAUUCCUCGGUGUGGAAAAUCUGAUUCUGCUCACCAUCCAGUACCUUGUGAAGCUUGGUCCAGAUCAGAUACCAAUUCGUGAGGUUUUUGAACCAAUUGUGCUGAAAGCUUUGCAGGACUUUACUUAUAAGGAUCGCUCCAUGCAGAUGAACUCUCCCAUAAUGUCUGUGUCACAAGCUCAGCUUCCAUGGUUGGCCCGCUUGUCAGCCAGUGUUUCCCAAGAUUUGGUUCAUGUCCUCGUUACACAGAACUCACUGGCAGAGGGCAUCUCCGAGACUCUUCGAUCUCUGAGUGAUAUGAAACCUCUGCAGAGGCUUCCGGACUAUGUAGUAGUGAUCUGUUGUUCAAAGGUGCGAGGGAAUGAAUUUUGUGUGAUUGCUCUUGGAAAAUACCAGUCCCGAGUUCUUGCUGAGAGUAUGCUGACUACAAGUGAAUUCCUGAAGGAGAUUAGCUAUGAGCUAAUCACAGGUAAAGUCAGCUUCUUGGCCUCACACUUCAAAAACACAUCUAUGGGUGAUGAUUUGGACAAGCUGUUGGAGAGGAUUCAAAAAAAGAGAGGAGAUAAUGUUAUUAUUCCUUUUAAUGGGGGGGUGAAAGAAUGUGUCUCGUCCAUGGAGGCAGCCAGCAUGAUCCCCACACAGGGCAGAGGCUACAGCACAGACAGCCUUCAGAUAUGCCAGUCUCAGCUGAUGGUUGCUCGGAAGCUUCUGUCCCAGGUGUGUGCCAUUGCAGAUAGUGGGAGUCAAUGUCUGGAUCUGGGCCGUUUCAGUAAAGUGGAUUUCCUGAUUGUUGUCCCUCGCUCAGAAGUUUUGGUACAACAGACCCUGCAAAGGAUUAGGCUUUCAGGGGUUUUAACAGAUUUGGGGCUAGAGGACUCUGCAUGUGCAAAUCAGCGAGCUGACAAAUGUAUACUCCGACUUGAUGGAGAUGUACAAGCCAAAUUUGAUGCAUUUAUGAGAAAAGUGAAGGAAAAUCCUUACACGCUGUUUGUUCUUAUACAUGAUAAUAGCCAUGUGGACCUAACAAGUGCGUUGUCGGGGACUUUGCCUCAUGGAGAUCCAAGUCAGGGGCUUUCUGACCGGAUUAUUAAUAGCUGUGACGUGCAGGAGGCUCUGAAUCUCAUUGUGCUACAAGUUAGUGCCUUCCCUUACGCCUUACAGACGCAACAGUCCAAAAUCGGCUCCGGCAAUGAGGUGCAUUGGAUUCAUUCAGACUUGGUGGAGGACAUUGCCAAUGAGGACAAACUUUACUUUGGCAUCAAUGAAUACAGUAGAUCUCUCCAGUGGGGCAUAACAAGUCCCCUUCUGAGAUGUGAUGAAACAUUUGAGAAAAUGGUGACCACCCUUUUGGAAAGGUACCCGAGGUUACACAGCAUGGUGAUACGAUGCUACCUCCUCAUUCAGCAGUAUUGUGAAGCUCUUAUGGCUCUCACCACCAUGGCUUCACUCAGAGAUCACACUACACCGGAGACACUGAGCAUCAUGGAUGACCUCCUCAGCUCCCCUGGAAAGGACAAAAGUGGACAGGGUCACAUGCUCCUCAUCAGGGUUCCUUCAGUACAACUAGCAAUGUUGGCUAAGGAAAGACUUCAGGAAGUAAGAGAUAAGCUGGGGUUGCAGUAUCGUUUUGAAGCGCUGCUUGGUAAUCCUGCCUCCGAACUCUGUGUUGCGAAGCACUUUGUUACCAGAUUAAAGGUAUGGAGGGGAUGUGAUCAAGAAGACUGGGUUCCUAGAACGUAUAAGGAUCUUGAAGGCCUACCUUGUAUUUUAUUUCUCACAGGCAAGGAUCCUCUGGGAGAAACUUUCCCGAGAUCUCUAAAAUACUGUGAUCUACGACUGAUUGACUCCAGCUUUCUAACCCGAACGGCAUUGGAACAGGAAAUUGGCCUGGCAUGUUGCUAUGUAUCCAAAGAAGUCAUCAGAGAGCCCACGACUGUUCUAGAUUUAAGUGAUAAAGACUUUAAAGUUAAUUCUACAGAGAAUGACUCCGAUGAGCUGUUCAUAGAUCUAGACAGACCUCGGAGUAAUGGCAGUGAAGUCACAGGAGCUUCAGGAUCCAUUGCAGAGAAUGGCGUUAGUUCCUCUAGUGCAGCUGAAGAAACUCAGAGACAGCCAACAAAUCAUGACUUCCACAAUAUGGCAAAUAGCUCAGUGGAUGAAGGCACUUACCCAAAUUCCACAGCCAGCGAUUUUAAACCAGAAUGUGAUUCUCUUGGAACUCAAAUGGCCAGCAGCACAACGUCCAAACUCUCCUCCUCGUCAUCACAAGCUUACCAGUGGAGUCACCAUUAUGGGAACAAAAACAGGACGUUGAACUUGGCUGUACCCCGUAUUGUGGUUCUAUCGAGGGCUACUUAUAACCUUUUGGCUUCUCAUAAACAUGGACAAACUCCCUCUACAAUUUCCCUCUUGCCCCAUGCUGAUGUAAGCUGGUCAAGAUCAUUAAGACCUAUUAUUUCUAAAGACUUGAACAGUGAAGAACAAUCGCUAUAUUACAGGCAGUGGACAACAGCCAGACAGCAUCAUGCUGAUUUUAUAAACCCAAGUGAGCCUGUGGGAACAAGGACUGUUCAUCCACGUCGUCUACUCCUGACUGGGCCCCCACAGGUUGGCAAGACUGGUGCCUACUUGCAGUUCCUCAGGAUCUUGUAUCGCAUGUUGAUUCGGCUUCUGGAAGUAGAUGUCUAUGAUGAAGAGGAAAUAAAUGCAGAUAUGGAAAAGGAGGAAGACCAAGAAACAGGAACAGAAAAAGAAAAGGAGCUUUGGCCAGACAUUGAAGUCUUCAGUAAAAUGCCCUUUGACGUUACUGUGCAUGAUCCAAAAUACAGACAGAUCAGCCGUCUUUACACCGAGAAUUUGCUAAUUAAACAAGAGUUUCUAGGAAUGUGUCAUGAUGACUCCCGAAAACGUGAAACCAUUUCUGUGAUGCUCACCAAAUAUGCAUCAUACAACACUUUUCAUCACUGUGAGCAGUGUCACCAGUAUAUGGAUGUCAGCUCCACCUCUCAGACUUCUGACUCCACCAUACAUGCCUUCACAUUCUCAUCAUCAGUGCUCGGUGAGGAGGUUCAGCUUCACUUCAUCAUUCCGAAAUCUAAAGAGCAUCAUUUUGUAUUCAACAAACAGGGCAAGCAUCUGGAGAGCAUGCGGCUCCCCCUGGCGUCUGAUGCACAAAACCCAAAUAUGGUUAAGAGCCCAAUUUUCACCCCAUCCAGUGGGCGUCACGAGCAUGGUCUAUUAAACCUUUACCAUGCGAUGGAAGGCAUUGAUCAUUUACAUAUUAUGGUGGUAAAGGAAUAUGAAAUGCCUCUUUACAGAAAGUACUGGUCCAACCACAUCAUGCUAGUGCUUCCUAGCAUGUUUAACAAUGCCGGAGCGGGAGCUUCCAGGUUCCUUAUUAAAGAACUCUCUUACCAUAACCUGGAGUUGGAAAGGAAUCGGAUGGAAGAACUAGGGGUGAAACGUCAGUGUGUGUGGCCAUUCAUCAUCAUAAUGGAUGACUCGUGCGUUUUAUGGAACGUCCAUAAUAAAGUUCCAGAGCAGUCAAGCAGCCAUUCAGUAGAUGCCGACUGUGGCUCUAGGAAUGUGUCCCUAAAAUAUGUCAUACAGCACAUGGAAGCCACACCAAAAAUAUCCAGCUAUGCAAUGUUUGGGAUUCGGAAAUGGAACAGCAAGUUAGAUUCCUCUGCCCCUAGACGUUCAUUCUCCAGGUGUCAUAUUCACGACUUCAUUCUCCUCAACGUAGACGUGAGUCAGAACGUGCAGUAUGACCUCAACAGAUACUUCUGUGAGGAUAUAGACUUUAUCCUUCGAGCCAACAGUGGGGGGCUGCUCAUCUGCCGCUACAACAACUUCAGCCUCAUGAAAAAGCACAUUCAAGUGGGAGGUCACAAGGACUUCAUUGUUAAGCCCAAAAUUUUGAUCACAGAAAGCACUGUUCCUAUUUCUCCUCUGCAGUAUGUGUGUGCCCCAGAUAGUGAGCAGACACUGUUGGCUGCUCCUGCGCAGUUCCUCCUUGAGAAGUUUCUUCAACACAGUUCUCACAAGCUGUUCCCGAAGGCUCUUAACAAUCCAAGGAACCCAUUACUGGCGGUAGACUGCUACUUAAAUCUAGGACCUCAGGUAUCGCUGUGUUAUGUGAGCUCCAGACCACACUCUGUGAAUGUGAACACCGAGGGAGUAGAUUUCAGUGGUCUUCUCCUCUAUUUGUGUGACUCCUUUGUGUGUUCAACAAUGCUUAAGAAGUUCAAGUUCCUUAAAGGUGCCACUCUUUGCGUUAUUUGUCAAGACCGAAGCUCCCUCAGGCAAACAAUUGGACGAUUAGAGCUUGAAGAUGAAUGGCAGUUCAGACUGCGAGAUGAAUUUCAGACUGCCAACAGUAUUGAUGAUAAACCACUCUUUUUCCUUACUGGGCACCACGUUUGAAGGUGGAAGGAAAACCUUUUCUGAUAUGCCAAGAUAAAGACUUGACACAAGUGAAAUGGAACACGUGCAAAUGAGUUGGGGCUUAGAUUCCAAUACUUAAAUUUGCCUUGCUGAGAUGAGGCUGCCCUCUGGACAUGGAUAUUUAUGGACCAAUGAAGUCUACAGAGCUGUUACCCCGACUGGCUUUGGUCUUCUUUAAUAUAAUACUGUGGACUUUCUUGAAUGUGGUUCAAUGGACUUCUCAGGGGUUCAUUAUUACCAAAUGAUGGAUAGCGGCACAAUCUCUUCCUGUAUCAGUAUUUUUAUAUUGUGAACAAUGUUUUUCUAUCAAUCAUACAUUUUAUGUGAGAUUGUCACAAUUAAUAGUCUACAGUUCACCAUUUGCACCUGGUUGCUCUUUACUAAGAAACACAUUUGUGCACCAGAUAACCACCCCUUAUGUUAUGCUCUAGUAUCAAAUGUUGGGAAAUGGGGAGUAAAAUUAUUUGAUAGAAGUCAUGCAUUAUUUAGCAAAGUCUUAAAAGUGUUCUCUCUCUUCGGCAAGUUACAUUUGUCAUGUAAGGAAAGUUAAUACAAGGUACUUCCUUUGCUGGCUUCAUUCACUCUUCCAUUGCAUUAUACACUGCAUGUAUCCAGGGAUUACAGCCACCGCUGCAGCACAGAUAUAAGGUAGCGGGGUUGGGGGCUGCUGCGCAUGUGUACCCAUGCGUGCUUCCACAGUCCUGGCCACCAGAGAGCGGCGCUUUUUCCUAUAGCAUGCCACCACUGCUGGAUUGCAAGGGGUCAUAACACCUGGGUAAGAGCAGUGUAUAAUGUGAUAGGAGGCAAUAUGGACAAUGACAAUACAUGAGUGUCUUGUAUUUGCUUUGUCUACAGGAAAAAUGGCAUCUGUUAACAUGAGAAAACCCCUUUAAUACUUGAAAAUUGGCAUAAAACAAUGAGUGCCAUCCAGGCAUGCAUCUGCAUAUGGCUUCUAGACAACCUGCCCUGCUUCCAGGAAUUUUAUAGAUAUGCCAGAAUUAUUUGUUCUACUUUGAAAAUCCAUUAUAGCUAUCCAUAGGCUUGGUAUAUCAGCUUGGCGUAUUGAAGGAAAAGAAUGUAUCCAAACUAAAGUUGAACUGUACUUUCAGUCAACUUUUGAUAUGUCAUAGGGACAUAUCAAAAGUUUAGAUCCAUGGAGGUCUGCAUUCUAAGAGCCCCACGAUCUCUAAAACAAGGGGAGAGAAGCGCUCACUUAGCAUGCCCUCUCUCCUUUCUACAGGACUGGAAGUGAGAUGGACCAAGUAGAAAGUCUAUGGGCCCAUCUCAUGCAGCAGGGAGAGACAGCGCACUAAGCAAACCCCCCCAAUUCUAGAGAUUGGUGGGGAUCUCAGUGCUCAGACACACCAAUCUAAGCUUUUAAAAUGUCCCUAUUAAUUCAUAUUAUUUAUAUGCCAAGCCCAUCUCCUCUUAGUGAGGAUCACCAUUUAUCAUGAAAUUAUUUGUGCACAGGCAGAACCAAAGUAGAGUGAACCUGUAUAUUGAACUUUGUUCACAUACCGAUGUUUUGUGUGUUUGCUUGUUAGUUUCUUUACCAUUUUUGGAAAGCAGGUAGCCAUUUAGUGUCUGAAAAAUAGUGUUAACAUAAAAAAAUGAAUUGUUUACAAAUUAGAACAAAAUACUUAAUAUAUUAGAAAAAAAAAGUUUUCAAACUUGUAUCAUACACUGCAUCAAUUUUUGUUGCACAUUUUAUAGAUUAAUGUCUAUUUUGCAAAUAUUUUUUUUUUUUUCUACUCUGCACAAUGAUCUUGCCUUUUAGGUGUGAUCCUUAAUGUUCUUUUUCAUGAACUGUUCAAGAACAAAGGGGUCACAGUGUGGUUUAGUAUAAUCUUUCAGUGCUAGGAUUUUCCAAAGAGAAUUUGGCACUAAAUGGAGUGGCCUUUGCAUAGACCAAAAGAUCACUAAUUCGUAUAUCUGUAUUGUGACAAUGACUGCGUUGUGAUGUUUGCUCCGUUAUUUCAUUAUUUUAAUGUUCCUGUGUUGCGUUCGCUGCACCAGCUUUGCCGCCUAGGUUUUUUUUUUUGUGUUUUUUUUUUUUUGUCAAAGCGUGGAUUGGAUUCAAAAGAGAAUAAACAUUUUUGGACCCAACCUCUAAAAUAAAUGUAGUCUGCAAAUAUGCUGCAACCAUUCUGUGUAAAGCUGUCCUGCCAGCCAUUCCUGCAGAGCUGGAAGGUUUUCUUUCAACCUUUUUUGUUGUUUUUCAAUUUGCACUAAAUUUAUUUGAAGGUUUGAAAAUUCUUCUGUUCUGCAGGGCACAUCGUAUUGUGUCAAAAUGGCCUUGCUGCAGUGUUUGUUGUAUCCCUCUGUUGCUGCCGCCAAAAAGCAUAAACCUAGGGGUGAGUUCACACUUCAGUUAUUUCCAUCGGUUAUUGUCUUCACCCGUAAUGAAGCCUACUUGGAGAUGAGGUAGAAUGGAAAGUUCUGCACCUGUUCUGUUUUUGACCCAGAUCUGGGUUUGUCUCACUACUGAUGGAAAUAACUGACGUGUGAACUCAGCCUAAUUUAAUGAAUGUUUCUUUGUAAUUAUGGCAUAACUUACACCAGCAUUGCUUGAAAAAAAUAUCCGUAAUGAAUGUAAGCUGAUGAUUUGUUGUCAUCGUCAUGCCCAUUUUGCUGUAGCCUCUAUUGGAUCUGUUGAGUAAUAGAAGUCUUAAAUAUGCUGCUUAAAAUAUAAUUGACUAAAAACAUGGUGAAUUUGGCUUCACUAGUCAGUCUACCUCAUGCUUUUUUUAACGUGUGCAGAUUUGUUAAUUUUAUCAUUUAAUUUAACUGUUUUUCACGGUAUUAAAGUUGUUUACAGGAA